ACACGCUCGUGUACAGUAGGCGGCGGUAUGCCCCUUAAAGUUGUUUACGAUCCGCAAGAACUUCCGGAUCAUAUGGCGUUUAAGAAUGGCGGACGACGAGUCAAAGAAGGUGAUCAAGCUGGUUCCAGAGUAUCUUCUUAAGAAGAGGAAAACAUACCAGGCCAUCAAGGCCACUCAAGCCAAACUUGCGCUCCUAGAGAAAAGAAAGGUCUCGAAAGGCCAACCACUCAAGUUCAAGCGUUUGGAGGAUUUCUUGAAAGAGAGCCACAAAAAGCACCGAGAUGAGACGCGCAUCCGAAGGAACGAGCGCAGGCCCCCGGCCCCUCUGCCGCCCGAAAAAAACAAGCUGGCUUUUGCUAUGCGUAUCAGAGAGAUCAAAGGUGUCAGCCCCAAAGUGAUGAAGGUGAUCCAGAUGAUGAGGCUGAGGAAGAUCUUCAGCGGGACCUUCAUUAAGAUAAACAAGACCUCCAUGGAGAUGAUGAAGCUGCUGUGACCUGGGUUUCAUCUGGGUUUCCAUUCUGGGUCAGAGUGAACACUGGUGAACCCUUCCAACAGGUUCCCCAACUUGAAGUCGGUCCGCGAGCUGAUUCUGAAGAGAGGCCAGACCAGGAUGGGCAAGAGGAGGGUUCCCCUCACUGACAACGCCCUCAUCGAGGAGCACAUGGGUAAAACUGGCAUCAUCUGCCUGGAGGACCUGAUCCACGAAAUCUACUCAGUCGGCAAGAGCUUCCGAGCCGCCAACAACUUCCUGUUGCCUUUCAAGCUGUCGGUGCCGCGCCACGCCGCCAGGGAUAAAGCCGGACUGCUGAAGGACCUGGGGAACCCCGGCUUCAGAGCCACAGACAUCAACUCCAUCAUCAGACUGCUCAACUAACAAACCCGCACAAAACGUCAGACACCGAGCUCCACCUUAAAGGAAGGCCGCGUUUGUCGCAGAGCAAAUGUGAAGAGAUGGAGAGAGAGUAUUCUGAUCCUGCGUCUGUUUCCUGGUGUUUUGGUGUCGCUCUGCAGCAGGCUGAGAGAAAACCCAGUCAUGUAAAAUAAGGACUUUUGCUUUAUUCGUGUUGUUUUGCACAGGUUAUGAUGUGUUCCAGAGAACAAGAACUGAAGCAGAAGAGUUCAGCGGAAAAUGGAGACUUUAUGAUGAACACAGAAACCUUCCUCAGUUUGUCAGAGGAGUUUUGUCUGUAAUAGAUCCAAUAAAUCAGUCAGGUUCAUGACUCUUUACAAACAUGUUUAAUGUGCUAAGCUGUUUGUAGUUUGGUUACACAGUUCUAAUACAGCUAAAGUGUCAUUUUAAAAAAUGACUAUACACACAAG